AUGGAGCCCAAGCCAGACCAAAGCCCUGACCUCUCUUCCCAAGGUGAUGAGGAACCCAAAGAUUUCGGCGUCGAGCCGUUGCGUUACACUGAGCCAGCGACCGUGACUAGGCUUCUUGAAACGCAAGUAUCUUCGAAAACCCUUGAGGAUGUCAUCCAAGAAGCGAAGCAGAAGUCAUCCAGCAUCUUCGGCAAUUAUGAUACUCUCAAUGCCAUCCUUCUACGACAUGAGAGCCUCAUCCAAAGCCGCUGGGCCAAGAAGACGACGGCCCAGAGGGCUACGAUUCUUGACCAGGCUUGGCCCGGUAUGGCCAAAGUUCACCGGCCUGACCUCAUCGCGUUCUACGAUAAAAAAAGGCCCUCGCGGCCAGCACGAGUCAAGGUCAAGGUUACCGUCGAUGGCUACAAAUGGCCGCACAUCAACAAGGAAGACUUGACCAAGCCAAGGCCACUGCUCCUGCUGCUAAACUCUCGUGGUAGACACGAGCCAACCGAGUUCGCCGCCGCCGAUUUCGAAGCCAUGCAUCUUGGGCUUGCCACCAGACAGAUGAUGCCCAUCUUCCUCAACGAACAUGUCAUGAUUUUACACAAAAUUCCAGACCGAGAGAAGUAUGGUACACUCCUUGCGUGGAGUGAUCAUAAAGACACCUUUGAAUGGAUGAGAACCAGAACCCAAUUUUUACCAGGAGAAGGCCUUUUGAUCCUUGAAGCCCAAGAAAGGCUGAUGGAAUUCCUCGUCACGGUUUGCAAGCUCAUUCUUCACGAUAUUUCUGCCGAUGCGCUCGUUGGUGGAGACUCGAGUAUCCAGCCAGAGCCCCGUCUUAAGAAGAAUGCAGAAAUAGCUGGAUUCGAGUCACUCACUGUGACGACUGCUGAACGGCCAUAUCGCCUGCCCGCUGAAAUCAAUUUUGACCAGAUGGAGGCGAUUCUUGGAGCUGUCCAGUCCGCCAAUGAAGAUCAUUUCUGGUCGAUCCGGGUCGAUCCGGGUUACUUUGCUAUGAACAUUCGUGACGCCAAGGACCACCGCAAGGAAAUCCUCAAGGAUACAAUGGGCCAAGCUCAUCCACUCCUCAAAGGGGCCCGCCAAGGCCAAGAUACGUUCAUCUCUCGCCUGGUCGGAUUCAUCGUCACCCUUGCCAUCGAACAACUGGAAAUCUUUACUUGGCUUCGAGUGCAAGCUCAAACAGUACGGUCGCUACACAAGAAAUAUGAAAGCACGCUCUCUUCAGACAAAGAACUACCUGACGACUUCCUCUCUGCCAUCUUGACAUUCAGGCACUAUCUCGGGCAGACAUCUAAGGCAUUGUGUGGCCAGUUACAGACGAUUUUCCCACCAUCCCCUGAUGCUCGUAAAUACUUUGCUCGGAUGCCACCGGGCAAUGCGAGUACCCCCAUGGACCAGGUCAUUCUGAAGCCCGAUGCAAAGAUGAGCAAUCUCGAGGGAGAAAUUACCUUUCUUUUUCAGACAAUGUGGAGUAAGGACAUGGAUCAAGAGCUUUCCUUGGUUGGCCUUCCCACCAUCAUGGACGAGCUCGAUCGCUUGAUUCAGUCCAACCCUAAAGCGAAGGAAUUCAUCUCUCCAACAGUUUCAAAACUGCUUGGUGAUCUGUCGAUUGUCUGUCAAUGUCGUAGCCAGAUUGACCAUUUCUUGCCUUGGGCAAGGGGCUUCGAGCACGAGCAUUUAGAACAGCAGAGAGGGAUCAUGGCGGAAUUCGCCAAGACUACAACCCCUUUGCAGGCUGUAGGUCAGAGCAUUGACGAAACGAAAAUCAUGCACCUGGCGAAAUUGUGCGAUCCGUCGGAGAAGAAGUUUUCGUAUCCAACCUCUGGUCGGCGAACCCAGGAAGCUACCGAGACGAUGCGACGGGCAGAGGCGACUCUUGAAUAUUUCUGGGCCCAGAUUGAUAAGCUCAUCCAGAAGGAAUGUUCAGGGCUGGACCGCUUUGCGUUUUGGAGAAUGCUCUCGGAGCCCCGUCCUGUUCAGAAGACCCCAGAAUGGGUUGACCCAAAGUCGACGCGAGCCAAAGCCUCGCAGGUGAACAAUGUCGAUGCUCCCGACGUGGAUUACAGACCAUUGUCUAAUCUCUUUCUUGGCCACCAAGAGCAAGGACAGUCUAAACAUGCGAGAGAUAAGGCCAAGACUAAGACCAAGGUCAAGACAAAAGGGCAGCCAUCUGAGAAACAAGCCUCUCAAGACGUCGACGUCCAAGCGGCAGCCCCCCCAGUGGCGGAUCUACCACCAAUCCCCGUCGACGCGCGUUCCCUGAAAGUUUUUAGAAUAAUGUUCUACAAUCCCGCGGUUACAUCAACACCUGGAGAGCUGAUGUGGAAAGAAUUCCUCCACGCUAUGAUCUCUACCGGUUUCUUCUCGGCUGAGAAGCGAGGGGGAUCGGCAUGGCUGUUUCACCGGAUCGAUGAGGAUAUGAGGAGGGUUCAAUUUCACGAGCCUCACCCGGAUCCAAAGGUUCCUUUUGAGUGGGCGCGACACUGGGGGAAGAUCCUGUAUCGGGCGUACGGUUGGGAGGGCAAAUUGUUUGUGCUGAAGGAGAAGAAGAGCAACAAGCCAUCGGAAGAUUUGGUGGCUGCCGAUGCAUCUUGA